AUGGAGUUUAUAAAAAAUCACUUUGGCGCUGCUGAGAAAAAUCGACGCGUAUCCUCUACGCUAACCCCGGAUUCUUGGAUUCUUUCUUUUGAGACUCGACUUUAUAGAGUGUCCAUUGUAAAUAACAUGGAAAACGACCAAAAAGAAUUCGUUGAUCUUUACUGGCCGAGGAAAUGCUCCUCGAGCAACAGAAUUAUUCAUGCUAAAGACCAUGCAUCUAUCCAACUGACUUUGGCUGAUGUUGAUCCCAUAACUGGACGUAUGACUGAUACACACAAGAUGUACGCAGUUUGUGGAUCUAUCCGUCGUAUGGGUGAAUCUGAUGACUGCAUCGUUCGAUUGGCCAAAAAAGAUGGAAUUAUUGCUAAAAAUUAUUAA